AAUGAACAAUCACCGUCAGUGUGUGGCGUGCUCGGGUCGCGCGCCGCCGUGCCACGCUCCUGCGGGACCGAACUUAUCACGCGCAAACUUUGCUGUGGGGAUUAAAUAUUAGCUGGCAUGGAUAGCUUGAAAAUGGAAUGAGCUUCACAACGCAGCCUUAACCGCAGUAGGAAAUAUGCAGUCUUGGUGGUCGUUGUACCUACUGGCUGUCUUCAUGCUUGGCUUAGAUUCUAAGCUUGUGGGGCAAGCUUUUCAACCGGAAUUUGUAGAGCCAAUAACAAAUUUGACUGUAGCCAUUGGACGAAAUGCAACAUUUAGGUGUCUAGUGCAAAACCUCGGGGGUUACAGAGUAGGAUGGGUGAAGGCAGACACGAAAGCAAUUCAAGCAAUACACGUCCACGUCAUAACUAACAACCAUAGAGUGGGAGUGUCGCACAACGGACAAACGGUUUGGAAUCUUCACAUCAGGAACGUCCAAGAAGAAGACCGGGGCCAGUAUAUGUGCCAAAUUAAUACAGAUCCAAUGCAAAGUCAGAUGGGCUAUCUGGACGUGGUGAUCCCCCCAGACUUUAUUUCCGAAGAGACGUCGAGUGACGUCAUGGUUCCAGAGGGCGGAAUCGUGCGCGUUUCGUGUCGCGCGCGCGGAAUUCCUGCCCCCAUGGUGGUGUGGCGCCGCGAGGACGGCGCGGACAUCGUGCUGAGGGAUCAGUAUGGAGGGAAAAAUAAAGUGAACAUGUACAAAGAAGAGGUAUUGACUCUGAGUAAAGUCUCCCGGUCGGACAUGGGCGCCUAUCUCUGCAUAGCGAGCAACGGCGUUCCCCCCACCGUGAGCAAGAGGAUACUGAUCAAAGUGCACUUUCACCCAGUAAUCCAAGUGCCGAACCAGCUAGUGGGUGCUCCGCUGGGCACUGACGUCUCGCUCGAGUGCUACGUCGAGUCCUCGCCCAAGUCCAUUAACUACUGGGUCAGAGAUUCAAAUGAAAUGGUGAUAUCAUCCAAUAAAUACGAAGUGGUGAACACGGCGCUGAGCUCAUUCGAGAGCCGCAUGGCGCUGACGGUGAGGCGGCUGACCGCGGCCGACGUCGGUGGCUACCGCUGCGUGGCCAAGAACUCUUUGGGGGAAGUCGAUAGCGUCAUCAGACUGUAUGAAAUACCUGGACCAACCGCACGCAACACCAGUCCCGCAACGAGCAAAGAAGAAUACAAAUACUCAACACCCAUGGAAGGCCCUGACGACCAAUUCGGCUCAGCUGACAGAUCCGACGAUGAAGAAGAUAAGGAAGCCACCUUCUACGCCACGGAAAGGGCACACAACGUUCGAACCGUUAUUGAAAACACCACAAAGAAUCGUUCUUUUGUUUUUACUCCUUCGGUAAAACAAAAACUUAGCAACAAAGUUAGUAAAAUAUUAAAUCAAUUAGAAAUAGAAGACUCAGAUUUCGAACUCAAUAGAAGCAGUAAUUUAAAUCAAAUCAUUUCAGUAGUCUGUACUUUCUUUAGUGUAGCUUUCAGUUUAUUAAAUGGGUAGACAUUAUAUUUAUGCUGUCAAAUACUAAGUCUGAUACGUACCUUACCUACCCUACUCACCCAUGAUCUCGAGUAUUAGGUAAUCUUGUAGCAUUUUUAUGGAGCGCAGUAUGUUUUAGUUGUAAAUCCAUGGCUAUCGCCAAUUUAGGGUCUGUUUUUAAUUAUACAUUCAAUAAUUAAAGCCAGUGUUUUAAAAAUAUGUACCUGUACCACAGUAUUUUUUUAAGUAUGUAGUUAUAAAGUAGCUACUUAUUUACAUUAAUUUAAUAGGUUUCUACCUAAUAACACAGCUCUGUCAGUUUUCUAAUAAGGAUGAUUGGUGUGAAAUUGUUGUCUGUUAUUUAGUAAUUUAAAUUUACUACUACUAACUUUCUGCAUUCUAAGUUAGUAUCCGGGAGCCAAAAGAUUUUCGAUGUUUGGGCAUUUUUCAAAACUGUACUCUAGGUAAACAAAACUUUUCAUUGACAAAAAAAUAUAACAAAUUUUCCAUGUUUUUA